AUGGCCUCGGCAUUUUCCGAAUCAGCCCUGAGGGAGCAGGAGCCUAUCAUCACGUUCUGGAUUGAUCAUAUGAUAGACCGGCUCAAGGCUCUAUACACUUUCCUCAAGCUGAUAUUACUUUUGAUAAUGAGCAAGGCUGGCAUGGACAGCUUGAUGGCGCCCGGACAAUUCGCCAUCGAGAAGACAGAACAGCACAUUGCCCAGGACGCUGACGCGUGCAAGGAUUUCAUGAGGCAGGUCUUGCGCCUCGACGCAUGA